GUGUGAAGAUAUGUAGAAGUGAUUCUACAAGGUUGUAUGUUACAUGUGUUGCAACCGACUGUCUAUGGAAGGUGCAUCUAAUAAAGAAGAAGAAUGAAGAAACUUGGUUCAUCAAGGAAUUCUUUGUGAACAUUCUUGUCCAUCUAAUUUUCAGGUCAGAAAU